AUGAAAGCAUCGGUCUUAUUAUCAUUAUCAGUUGCAUUAACUAGUACAAAUGCUUUACCAGCUUUAACAUUUUGGAAUAAAAUCACUAAUCCACAACAACACGUUUUAAUAAAUGAAGUACAACAACAACAAGAACAAGAAACUUUUGAAUUAAAUAUUAAUGAAGAAUUAUCUAUACCUUAUGAAGAUAAAGAUUCAAUAAUAAUUGAAAAUUUUAUAGAUGAAACUAAAUAUAAUAAAUUACCAGAAAUAAAUACUACCAUUUUACAAUCAUUAAUUCAGGAACAAAAUUUAAAAUCAAGAGCUGAAGAUUUAUAUAAAGUUGCAACUUAUUCAACUAAAAAAUAUGGUCAUCCAACAAGAGUCAUUGGUUCACCAGGUCAUUGGGCAACUGUUCGUUAUAUAAUUUCAGAAUUAAAUAAAUUAGGUGGAUACUACAACAUCAAGACUCAAAGUUUUAAUGCAACUGAUGGUCAUGUUGAAUCUUUUUCAUUAUUAAUCGAUGGUAUAAAACCAAAAUCAUUAUUAGCAUUAGCUUUAACUCCUCCAACACCAAAUAAAACUCCAAUUAAUGGUAAUUUAGUAUUAGUUGGUGCUAAUGGUUGUAAAAUUGAAGAUUAUCCAGCAUUUGCUAAAGAUAAUAUUGUAUUGAUAAAAAGAGGUGAAUGUUCAUUUGGUGAUAAAUCAAGAGUUGCUGGAAGAUUUGGAGCAAAAGGAGCAAUAAUUUAUGAUUCAAAUGGUGCAAUACAAGGAACUUUAGGUUCACCAAAUGGAGAAGAAGUUCCUACAUUAUCAGUAGAUGAAAAAGAUGUUGAUGAAUAUAUCAAAAUUUUACAAAAGGAUCCAAAUCAUGAAUUUGAAACUACUUUAUAUAUUGAUUCUUAUGUUAAAAAUAUAACUACUAUAAAUGUUAUUGCUGAUUCUGUAUUUGGAGAUCAUGAUAAUAUUGUUUCCUUGGGAGCUCAUUCUGAUUCUGUUGCUGCUGGCCCUGGUAUUAAUGAUGAUGGGUCCGGUACUAUAUCAUUAUUAGAAGUUGCAAAACAAUUAACAAAAUUUAAAUUAAAUAAUGCUGUAAGAUUUGCUUGGUGGAGUGGAGAAGAAGAAGGUUUAUUAGGAAGUUCGUAUUACGCUGAUAAUUUAUCCAAACAUGAUAAUUCAAAAAUAAGAUUAUUUAUGGAUUAUGAUAUGAUGGCAUCACCAAAUUAUGAAUAUGAAAUUUAUAAUGCAAAUAAUAAAGAUCAUCCAGAUGGUAGUGGUAAUUUAAAAGAAUUAUAUAUUGAAUGGUAUAAAGAAAAAGGUUUAAAUUAUACAUUUGUACCAUUUGAUGGUAGAUCAGAUUAUGUUGGGUUUAUAAAUCAUGGUAUACCAGCAGGUGGAAUAGCUACUGGUGCUGAAGGUGUAAAAGAUUCAAAAUCACAAGAAAAAUUUGGAGGUUCAGUUAAUAAAUGGUUUGAUCCUUGUUAUCAUCAAUUAUGUGAUGAUUUAACUAAUCCAAAUUAUGAAGCUUGGAAAUUAAAUACUCAAUUAAUUGCUCAUUCUGUUGCUGUUUAUUCAAAGUCUUUUGAUGGAUUUCCUAAAAGAAAAUUGGAUAAUGAUAAAGUUGUUUUAAGUAGUAUUGAUAAACCUGAAGGAGGUGAAUUAUUUGUUAGAAGAGGUCAUAAUUAUAUUAUUUGA